AUUCUCUCUUUAAGAGAGAGGCUGCCAGCCAGAAUUUCAGUCUUGGAAAUCCCUGAUGUAAACAAACCGCCCACUUCUAUCAGAAUGCCGAAGAUGGCAGCGGACUGCCGAAGCGAUCUUUUCACAGGACGGCUUUACUGCCAGACUGCUCGACUCUUGGAGUAACACUCGGCUCUUUUCAACUGCUUCGUGGGUUGAGCGUCCGGUACCCACUCCCUCUCUCCUCGAGCUAAUUUGGAAGAAAAAGGGGAGUUUGGUCUGCGCCACCAUGUGGCUCCUCAGCUGCGACUGAAAUUGCAACAUUGUUCGUCUCGAUGUAACUUACAAAGAGACAGCUGGCGAGAGUCAGUCUGCUACAGUCAGAUGAGAUCCUGGGAUAAGUCAGCAACACGUCCCUGUUGACCUACUGCUAUGGAUUCAUUCAACUAUGAAGACGACAUCAGCAUCUUGACACAAAAUGGGCAGCAGGACGAUACAGAGUGGGCUGAUGCACCAAAUACAGACCUUACGGGCGAGGAAUACUCUGCAUCCCACUACGCACUCAUCACUGCCUACAAUGAUAUUAAACAGAGAUUGAUCGGCAUGGAGCGAGAUAACUCCACCUUGAAGAGAAAGCUCAGACAAUAUGAUCUCAAGUUUUCCUUGUCAAACGAGCUUGUGGAUGAUAAGAAGUUGCCGCAGUCCUUGCUUGACAUUACCUUGCUGAGAAAUGAGAACACUCGGCUGAGGGAGCAGCUGGAGCACUUUAGAAACCAGCUUCGCGACUGUAAAGAAAGGGAGGAUCACCUGGAUGAGGUCAUUAAAGCUUAUGAGAAAAUACGUUCUGAGAAAGAUGACCUACAUCAGCAAUUAGAAGAAAUGACGGUGCUGGCCGAGGAUCAUAUCUCCACGAUUCAGAGCUUGGAGCAAGCUCUGAGGCUGAGGGACAGUUCAGUUCAGAUACUCAAUGAUCAGCUCCAGGCAAAAAAUGAACAAAUUAUCCAGCUGAGCCCAACACGUAGAAGUCCUUACGGGCUGGAGAGUCCCAGACACCAGCAGAACUGCAGGGUGGUCGAUCCCCAGCUCGAUGAGCUGGAAGUUCAGAGGUUGCAGGAGAAGGUGGACGAACUCCAGAGGAAGCUGCACAGUUGCCAGUGGCGGGAAAGACAGUACAAAGAGGAGUGCGACCGCUUACAGUCUCAGCUGAGCCAGCAGAGUCUACAGGAGAGUUGUGCACAGGAACCAAGCCACGACCCCCAUGACAUGGAGUGGAUAAAGAACACAGAAGAAGAACAGGAAAAUCUGGUUCUGGCGUACACAGAGCUGGCCCAAGAACUCUGCCAGUUACGGAGUCUGACUGAGGCUCAGACUGAGAUCCUGAGGAGGCUGUCUGAGGAACAACUGACUAAUAAUGCCCAUCUCCAACCCUCUGGCCACGUGAGGCAAGUUGCCUACUCCAGCUACCCCAGGAGCACGAGCCACCGUCUCCGGACCAACUUUCAAGGGCGUCGCAGUUACUCUGAAGUCAGUGAUGCGAAGGUGGAGAGCCACACAAUGCCAUCUCGACUGCCAGCAGAUGACCAAACCUCACCAACGCACAGGCAGUACCUUGCUAACGAUUACCUGAAGGUGCCUGACAGUCCAGACAUUGGCCCAUUCGAAAGGCAGAUCGAGUCUGAAGAUGAGGAUUGGAUGAACCAUAGUCCUCCUGGCACUUUGGACAGGGGAAUAAGGAGCACUUCCUCCUGUACAGCGCUCCCAAUCCCAGACACUACCAUGAAAAGGAGUUCGACCGAGUAUUCCAGAUCAGAACAUGCACAGUCAUGGCCUUCUAUCAAUCUUUGGAUGGAAACGGGAGACUCGGACAUCAGGAGCUGCCCACUGUGCCAAUUAGCCUUUCCGCUCAACUACCCAGAUGAUGCCCUCAUAAAACACAUUGAUACUCACUUGGAAAACAGCAAGAUCUGAUAGUACUGCUCCUCACUGAGUCGUGGAAAGAUUGAAGAAAAUGAAGAAGCAAAAGAUUGUCUUGAAAAACUGAUACAAGAGAGCAAAUAUUGCAGAAUAAAAAAGGAAGCAAAUGUUCUACUUGCUAAUCUAAUUUUACUUUCUGUUGGGGUUGGAGGGAGAUGACGAUGUGUCUUGAAUGAACCUAAGAAAGAGAUAGAAAUGCUACUUUGAAGGCUGCUCCACAUUUGAAGAAGAAAGAUAAACAUUUUUGAUCAGUUGCCAUCAAACGUGACAAAUGAUAUGUCUUCCAGUGAAAUCAGUUUACUUCCAAAAGCAGAAUACUUGAAGCCUGUUCAAUGUGAAACAGGAGAUGCUGGAAUCAGUAGCUGGAGAAUGAAGUUGUCCCAUUGCAAAAUGAAAAGGGGCAACCGAAAGGUUAGGUCUUGAUGUUAAGUUAGGAAGCCUAUCACUUAACGGCGAAGAUUGAACUGGUGUAGUUCAUUAUUGGGAUAGGUUUCCUGUGAUACUUAUACAGUUGGCUUCUAGUUAUUGAGGUUUAACAAAACUAUAAUUUAUUGUUGAGGAAUGGGGAGUUGCAGAACAUCUCAUAGAUUGACAUUGGGAAAAUGCAGUCCAUAACCUGAAGGACAAGUGCAUCAAUAUCACAAAUUGUCCUCCUUUAUUAUCGUUCCCCAUUGAUUCCAGGUUGGAAAUUCUAUUUAUAGUAUUGAACACCUUGGAGAACCACAGUAGGAAAUAAAAUUGAACUUAUUAAUAUUGACUAUACACAUGGUUCAAAGUUAUGUAACAUUGUCACAUGCAUGUCUCUUAUUCACAUUUCUUGACAUCUGACUCCAUACACAGAAGCUGUUACAUGCCAGCAUAAAUUCAAUCUCUAUCUGUAACAGAAUAAAAGAAAUACUUGCAUUUAUAUAGCACCUUUCAUGCCUACAGGGCUCUCCAAAGCCAGUGAGGUACUUUUGAACUGGAGUCAUUGUUGUAAGGUAAGAAAUGCAAUAGCCAAUUUGCACACAGCAAGCUUCCACAAACAGCAGUGCAAUAAUAAACAGAUAAUUGCUUUUUUGGUUUAAAAACAACAAAUGCUGUAGAUCACAGUGGGUCAGGCAGCAUCAAUGGAAAGAGAGCAAUCUAACGUUUCAUGUUUAAGUGACUCUUCAUCAGAGCCAAAUUGCUUUUUUAAUAUUGAUUGAUGUGUCAAUAUUGAUCAGAAUACUUAGGAUAACUCUCUUGUUCAUCUUUAAUAUAAUCCCACAAGGUAUUUUUCAUCUAUAUUUAUCUGAGAACUAAUGGGUUUUGGUUUUAUGUCUCACCAAAAGGCAGCACCUGUGGCAGUGCAGUACUCCCUUAGUGCUGGGCUAGACUGUCGGCUUAGAUUUCAGUCUCAUGUUUCAGGAGUAGGAACUAGAAACCUGUAAUGUGAGAGUCCUACCAACUGAGCCAUGAGGGAAAUAGUGAUGUGAUUUUCCUUAACCUCACCAAACUUGGUGGAAAUUUCACUUUUCUUGUGGAUUACAUACACAUGCAUGCACACAUACCAGUGAAAGGUUUGAACGCCAGUAGAUCGAGCAGCACACUGAGCUUCUGAUAAUCUAAAAAUUCCAAUGACUGACAACAGAAUGAGAGAUUAAUUUAAUGGAAUUUCAUAUCUGCAUGUCAUGUUCAAAUGUAUACAUAAUAUGAAAAAUCUUACAAUUUCAACUUUAUCCGUAAUAAAUUGCUAUGUUUGUAUGUAUGUUGAAAACUGCCUGGAUAAUCUUGUUACACUGUGCUAAUGUAUCCCCGCAGUGGAAACACUGAACGAGCAGUGAACGAAAGAGAAUUUAAUUACGGCUUGGCAGGUUUUUGAAGACAGUUUCCAUUAUAAAUAUGGCAUUUACAAUAGAAAUAUAAAAUAUAAGAGCAGAAUCAGUAAACUUUAAAUAAAAUUAACCUCUGUCUGUGCAUCCCUGAUUAGAUGGUGCCUGAGGCAGUGAAAGGCUCUAUAUAAAUGCAAAUUAUUUAUUGCUUCUAGUGCAUAUGAGCAUGUACAUAUUACCUCAGAUUGGCAUUGCAUGGUGCUCAGAUGAUGGUAUUCCUGAUGAGAAGAUGCAAAACACAACAGAUUAAGAAUUUUGACUUCUGCCCUAGAUUCGCUAAUGUACUCCUUUGGAUAACCUCGCCUGAGAAUGAAAUCACCAGCUGGUGGCCCUUAGGGGUGGGUUCAUCUCCUCAAUCAACUGAGCUUACCAUGAAGGACUCUCCUUCUCAAUCUCUCUCCUCACCUGAGGCAUGGUGACCCUCAGGUUAAACCACUACCAUUCAUCUCUCUCUCUCUCUAAUGAGAGAUGAGCUCUAUGGUUCUCUGGGACUAUGGUGACUUUACUUUACUUCCAAAAUUUGACCUUAAGUAUUUAUUGCAUAAUAACAUAAUUACAUACAGGAGUAGACCAUUUGGCCCCUUGAGCCUGUUCUGCCGUUCAAUGAGAUCAUGGCUGAUCUGUGGUCUAACUCACCUUGGCCAAUAGCCCUUCUGAUUCCCCGUAUACUUGGUAGCCUUAAAACUCAGACUUAACUAAAAAUUUAGGAUCUUGAUGAAAGGCCAGCCCCUCAUUUCAGGAAGGCAGAAUGCUGUUGAUAAAGCUAGAUGUUACUAGCAUUCUAGAUUGGAAUGUCACCCUCUUGGCAGGAUGGACACAAAGUGGUGUUGAUGUCAAUGUGUGUGGCUUAAGCUGUUUUAAUUUUCGGCAACCUAAGAAGCAUGAAUAGACACAGAAAGGAAAGAAAACUAGAGGGAACUGGUAAAGUCCUAUUCACGUUGCUCUUUUUUCCUGUAACACAGUGAGAGAAAGUGAGUCUGACACCCAGGGAAAUGCCUUUUGUAUGAUAGAAGAAUUGGCUGGUAGCAAGUUGCAAGACUUGAAGUCAUUUCAAGCGAUUCUAAUGUGAUCAUAAAGAUGAGGGCUGGUUUAUGUGGUAGCAAGGUUCCUGAGAUUGCAUUCCAGUCAGCUCCCAGCCAACUGUUGUUCCCUAUAAUGUAUGCAAGACUGUGAGAGGCUUUAAAUUUGAACAGUUGGCUGCUUUACCAAUUCUCAUCUUCCGCUUCACCGCCAAAUGUUGCUGUUAGGGUUUCUGUCUUCCGUGCCCCCUGGGGAAUUUUACCAUUCACUUUGCAUCUUGCACUCUGCCAGAAAUUUUGUUACUGUCCAUUUUGUAUCUCUUAUUUCCGCUGCUUGCUUCUUAACUUCUGCUGCCAAGUGGAUUGACGUCAUGUAAUGAGAGAAGAGACUUGAUACAUAAGCAGGACUGAUGAGAGCCUUUCAUGUGAGAGGAGAGACCAGAGAGGAGGUGUAUUUACUACACACGGCACAGGUGUUUAUGGCCUAGUAGCUGUUAUUCUGACAGGUUUAUCUUUGUUUCAAGUGAAAUAACAUUCUAGCUUUGGCCGAAGUGAUGAACUACAUGUGGUAAUUUUAACAAGUGAACCUUAUAGAAUAUGAGUUCCCUGAUUGGAGCUGUUCAUCUGGAGUCCUGGCUGACAGAUAUAAACAGGAAUGUCAGAGGUUCUGUUCACCCUGAGAGCUGGCUCUGAGUGAGCUGGAUCAGUCAAGGACUCUCCCAUGUAAAUAAAGGGUGACUUCAUGAUGGGAUACUGGUCUGUGUGGAGUUACUUCACUACGAGAUACGUAUUCUAGUUCAAACUGAUAUUCAGUUCCAAAAUGUACAAUAUAGUGCAGUCCUGUAAAGUUUACAGACCAGGAAUUUCCCAGGUUUAUUCCUUAGUCUGUGUUAUGUGAACUGAGCUCAGUUAUGGUAGCUGUUGGGACUCAAAAUGUGUGGCGCCUGAAAAGGACAGUUGGUCAGGCAAUGUCCGAGGAACAGGAGAGUCGAUGUUUUGAACAUAAGCUCUUCACCAGGAAUGAUGAAGAGCUUUGCUCGAGAUGUCGACUCUCUUGCUCCUCAGGUGCUGCCUGACCAGCCGUGCUUUUCCAAUGCCACGCUAUUUGACUCUGAUCGCCAGCAACUGCAGUCCUCACUUUCUUCUAGCUGUUGGGACUGAUCAGUUGGUCCUGGGAUGAAGUUUGGGAUUCAAAAAUUAUAUCAAUAUCCUGGAAAUUUGACACAGGAAAGCCAACGGUUUGUGUGAUACAGUUCUGAACAUCAGUUGGAAAUUCUUUUUGUCAAUUUACUUUUCUGUCACUAUUUGGCUUGUGGUAGGGUUCCAGAAUGAUUUUUGCUACAGAUGUUUUGUAACACUCUGAUGGGAGAAUUGUGUUUUCAAGAAGGAGUUAUAUAUGUCCUUAGGACUAAGGGGAUCAUAGGGUAUGAGAAGAAAGCAGGAACAAGGUUUUGAGUUGAAUGAUCAACCAUAAUCACACUUAAUGGUGGUUCAGGCUCCAAGGGGUAAGUGACCUGCUCCUAUUUUCUGUUUCUUGCCUAUGCAUCAGAAUGUUCUGGUUCAAAUCCUGCUUCAGGGCUUGAGCAUAAAAGUUAAGGCUGACGUGGUGCUAUUGGUGCCAUCUUUCAAUGAGAUGUCAAGCUGCAGAUGUUAAGUCUGGUGGAUGCAGAAGGUCCCAUGACACUGCUUUGAAGGACAGAUAAGUUGCCUCUGUCAAUAAUUAUCCCUCAAUUCACUUCACAUAAAAAAAACAGAUUUUCUGGUCAUUUACGUAUAGAUGUUUUGAGAGCUUGCUGUGUGUGAAUUGGCUGCACUCCUUCCUGUAUUGCAACAGUUCAAAAGUAGUUAAUUGGCUGUAAAGUACUUUGAGACAUCUGGUGGUUGUGGAAAGCUUUAUAUAAAUGCAUACCUUUCUUUGAAGCUUA